GAUGGGGCUAUUGGUCCACAUGCAGUGAGACGUGCGGCGAAGGCAUCCGGAAACGAGUGCGAAAAUGUUAUGGAAGUGGUCAAUGCGGUGGCAACGAGUACGAGAAGCAAUCAUGCUUUCAACGUGCCUGCGAACGAGUAUAGAGAGUGGUCAAACGAACGAUCCGAAGCGAAUGCCUCAGAUGAUAACUGCCCUGACUACCACAACUUUCCUCUUCCAAUUGUCAUAGGUUAUGUCUAUGUGUCAUACUAUCCAAAUAUUAAAGGGACCGAUUUUCUUUCUUCCUCAACGUCUAUUCCCAAUCCGUUGAUACGAGGCAUCCUUUAA